GGCCCUUCCCUUGCUUCGAGCGGAAGCCCAGCUGUGGGAAGACCUGCCGCCCGCGCGAUGUCGAAGAAAAAAGGACUGAGUGCAGAGGAAAAGAGAACUCGCAUGAUGGAGAUAUUCUUUGAAACGAAAGAUGUAUUUCAACUUAAAGACAUGGAGAAGAUUGCCCCCAAAGAGAAAGGCAUUACGGCUAUGUCAGUAAAAGAAGUCCUCCAGAGCUUAGUGGAUGAUGGUAUGGUCGACUGUGAGAGGAUUGGAACAUCUAAUUACUAUUGGGCCUUUCCCAGUAAAGCUCUUCAUGCAAGGAAGCGCAAACUGGAGAUUCUGGAAUCUCAGUUGUCUGAGGGAAGCCAAAAGCACGCAAACCUACAGAAAAACAUUGACAAAGCCAAAAUUGGCCGGGAGCAGACGGAAGAACGAACCAUGCUAGCAAAGGAACUCUCCUCACUUCAGGACCAACGGAAUCAGCUAAAGGCAGAAGUAGAAAAAUACAGAGAAUGUGAUCCACAAGUUGUGGAAGAAAUACGUCAAGCAAAUAUAGUAGCCAAAGAAGCAGCUAACAGAUGGACUGAUAAUGUAUUUGCAAUAAAGUCUUGGGCCAAAAGAAAAUUCGGAUUAGAAGAAAAUAAAAUUGAUAAAAACUUUGGGAUUCCAGAAGACUUGGACUACAUAGACUAAAACCAUGAACCUUGGUGCAGGAUCUCUGUGCUUGUAAAUUUGUAAAUAUUUAUGUUUCCAGCUUAAUGUAUUGAGAUGUCACUUGCCUGUUGCUGUAUAUGUCGUUGUAUUA